AUGAUUGCUCAACCACUUUCAAUUUUAACAUUAAACAUUGACGAUAAAUUCAAUCAACCAAUUGUCAUCGGUGAUUUACAAGAAAGUAUUACUUCAUUGUCAUUGGGAUUCGAAUUUAACCAAACCAUCGCACCUGGUGCCCUCCCAAACAAUCUUAGAUCAUUAUCAUUAGGCCGUAAUUUCAAUCAAACUAUCACUCCAGGUAUUUUACCAAAUAGUUUAAAAACUUUAACAAUUUUAAAUCCAGAUUUUAACCAAGAAUUAAUUACAGAAGGUUCAAUUCCACCAUCUUUAGAACGUAUUUAUUGUGUCUCUGAAAAUAAAGAAUUUAUAAAUAAUCCAGGACUUUCAAAAUUCAUUCAAAUUAUUAAAUAA